AUGGCCCCGUGGCUGGAAACGCCCGCGUUUUUCUUUCUCUGUGCUUUGGAGGGCGUUGAUAACUCGUUAGAUGGCAACUGCAUAUCACCUCAUUUGACCCUUCCAACUUGCUUGUUAAUGGGCUUGAGCUCGGAUACCGGCAGCCCGUGCGCGCUAACGUUAGUGGGUCAAUGGUUAUCGAAACUAAACUUGGCAGAGUACGAGUCGCUCUUCGUCAACUAUGGAUACGACGAUCUAGAAUUUAUUAACGGAUUGUUGGAAGACACGGACCUCAAGGAGAUGGGCAUAAUGAGCGAAAAGGAACGAGCAGUUAUCCUCGACGCGGUGUCACUUCUGAACAAGCGAGUGGAGAAGCAGAUUCCGAGUCACCAGUCAGCGAACCAGACGGUGGACGAAUGGCUCGACUCGAUACACCUGUCCGGGUACGCGGAUCUGUUCAGGCGGCACCUGUACACGGACAUGGAUCGCGUGCGAAGGGUCUGGGAGGUCGAGCUCGCGGCUGUGCUUGAGAUACAAAAACCGGGACAUCGGAAACGCAUUUUGACGUCGGUGAACAGCGACAGUACCAACGGCCAAGGCACGAUCACCAAGUCGUAUUCUGAAGCAUACGUACGCAAUGGCAGAGCUGAGUCGAACCUCGACGAUCUGAACAAGGACCUUAACACUUUGGAAACGUAUCAAAAAACUAACACAAGAAAUUAUCCAGGUUCUCUGAGAAAACGAGACGUUGUGAGUCAGUAA